AUGGAGGAGGAGGCAGUGGAGGCCGACUCCUCUCAUGGAGGAGCGGGCAGGAGGAGGUCAGUACCAUUCAUAGUGUCGCGGGUCAAGAUUGAACAGCAGAAAGAAGACAGUCCUGAUUUUCGUGAAGUCAUAAUGAAACACGGAUUUAGAGAACCUGGACAGAGACCAUGCCACCGGGCCACUGAUCCUCGAAACCACAUGAAGUUUCGUAACCAUGAAACGACAGCUGACACCAUAGUUGACACCACAGUUGAAAAAAUGGCUGACACCAUAGUUUACACCACAGCUGAAAAUGCUGACACCACAGCUGACAUCAAAGCUGACACCACAACUGAGACCACUGUUGACACCAUUGUUGACACCACAGCUGACAACAUUGGUGACACCAUAGCUGACAACACGGUUGACAACACAGCUGACAACACGGUUGACAACACAGCUGACAACACGGUUGACAACACAGCUGACAACACGGUUGACAACACAGCUGACAACACGGUUGACAACACAGCUGACAACACGGCUGAAAAUACAGCUGACAACACAGUUGACAACACGGUUGACAACACGGUUGACAACACAGCUAACAACACGGUUGACAACACAGCUGACAACACCGUUGACAACACGGUUGACGACAUAGCUGACAACACGGUUGACAACACAGCUGACAACAUGGUUGACAACACAGCUGACAACACAGCUGACAACACGGUUGACAACACGGCUGACAAUACAGCUGACAACACAACUGACAACACAGCUUACAGCACAGCUGACACCACAGCUGACAACACAGCUGACAACACAGCUGACACCACUGCUGACAACACGGUUGACAACACGGUUGACAACACGGUUGACAACACGGUUGACAACACAGCUGACAACACGGUUGACAACACAGCUGACAACACGGUUGACAACACAGCUGAAAACAUGGUUGACAACACAGCUGACAACACGGUAGACAACACAGCUGAAAACACGGUUGACAACACGGUUGACAACACGGUUGACAACACAGCUGACAACACGGUUGACAACACAGCUGACAACACGGUUGACAACACAGCUGAAAACAUGGUUGACAACACAGCUGACAACACGGUAGACAACACAGCUGAAAACACGGUUGACAACACAGCUGAAAACACGGUUGACAACACAGCUGACAACACGGUUGACAACACAGCUGACAACACGGUUGACAACACAGCUGACAACACGGUUGACAACACAGCUGAAAACACGGUUGACAACACAGCUGACAACACGGUAGACAACACAGCUGAAAACACGGUUGACAACACAGCUGACAACACGGUAGACAACACAGCUGACAACACGGUUGACAACACAGCUGAAAACACGGUUGACAACACAGCUGACAACACGGUUGAUAACACAGCUGACAACACGGUUGACAACACAGCUGAAAACACGGUUGACAACACAGCUGACAACACGGUUGACAACACAGCUGACAACACGGUUGACAACACAGCUGAAAACACGGUUGACAACACAGCUGAAAACACGGUUGACAACACAGCUGACAACACGGUUGACAACACAGCUGAAAACACGGUUGACAACACAGCUGAAAACACGGUUGACAACACAGCUGACAACACGGUUGACAACAUAGCUGACAACACAGGUCACUAUAGUGCAGCAAGCCAUAAAUCAUGGAGCAAUUCAUCCUGCAAAAUCCGCAGAGUUAAGUCUUUUGACAUCACUCGUGCGAUGUUGCUGGAAUCGUCAUAUAUAUUCAAUAUUUCCUACUGA